AUGAGUCUAAACGCGAGCGCAGGGCAUCUAGCACCCGACCCAAUCCGGUGCACAGCAAGUCCCUCCGCAGGUGCAACACUGUGGCAAGCAGUUGCCGUUGUCGGAGCACGUAGCGCCAUCAGAAACGGCGAUGGCGCAGAAGCCGCAGCGUUCUUCAUGGGCAAGUUGGCGGCCCACGAGGUCGAGAGGGUUGGCACUGGCGCCGAGAACCAAGAGGGUGGUGAACAGGGCGAGAACGCUAAAGGUACGCAUGAUGAGUGGUGCGUUGAGUCAGCGUCUAGCUUCCAGAUCGACCAGCAGAUACAGACUGAGCUAGGGCGAGCCGCUGAGCAAGGCAUGGUGUCUACAAGAAGUCAAGACAACACGCCGGCUAGUGGUGCUUCACAACCCUCGAAAUUACUGUACCCGCAGGUUGUAGUGCACGAAAAAAAGAGAAAUUGUGGUAAAGACGAGGAAGAAUGCCCAGCGCAGGCCGUGGCGAAGAGGAGGCGUAGUUCAGCGAAUUCGAUUGUCAACGCAGCAUCUUCCUCCAGCGCUAGCAAGCCAGGCAGGCCCCGCAGAAGGGCUUCUGCAAAAUCUGCAAUUGGCGACGUGGCCCACGCAACGGAUCUCAACGAGUCAAGUCUGGAGUCUUCAACGCAGGGUAGCCGUCCGAAUUCUCCACAGACGCCCGGAAUUACUACUCAACAGACCAUCGAUCACGGCAAGGAGGAAAAAGCCGUAGAGGUGGCUAUCGAAAAGCCCAAUGAUGCACCGAGACUAAAUGACGAGAUGUCGGAGACACACGACCAGGUGAACCCAUACUCUGGUAGCGCAACGAGACCGAGAAAGGGCAAAAUAGAGAAGAAGAGAGCAAAAGCUUCGGACGAAAUUGCUGGUGUGGACAGGAAUGGAACGGACAUAAACAACCUUGGAAAGAAGCCAAAAACAUCCUCCACAGCUGCUGAGGCCACCCACAAAAGGUUCCGCAGCGACGAUAUCGACGUACUGGGGACGGUUCCUUCAACCGGCAUCGAAGAACAAGAAGGGAUUCAGGGAGACCUACCAGAGGAUGAAGGCGAAAGCGAAGACGAGGCGCCGGAGACAGUCACGGCAUCAGCUGGCUUUGAUAAGGCACGCACAUCGGCACUGGGCGCGGCUAAGGUUGCUGCAAGGCAAGAAGCAGAUAAGAAGCUCAAACGCAGAGAGCAUGACCAGAGGCUGAGGCUACAAGCGAAGUCAGCAAAGGAUUUUCGAUCCAAAGACCAGCCGUCAAGUAAAGUUCGGGGGAUGAAGAGGUCUUUGGCUGAAGUCAGCAAAGAGGAUGGUCAGACGUCGUUCGAAAAGCCCGAGUCUUUGGGUGAGUUGCCACAAAACAUCAAUGGCGAAGGCCAAAUACCCCAGGCAAAGCCGAAAUCUUCUGGAAAGACCCCACUACCGCUACUGCUUCCAGAAGAAAUCCUUGCAGCAAAACCAGUCGUCUACGCUCCAAUACCUCCAUCGUUGAAUGGCAAGCUCGCCAUCAGCCAAAAGCGAAAAUUCCUUGAUCUCGAACCAAAACCGCCCACAGACAUCAAGCGCGGCAACGUCACCAUUCGUGUCCUACCAGAUAGCCGCUCCAUUCUCCCUCCCAAGUCUUCCCAGGCCAGCAAAGCCCUCCGGGAAUCCUGGCUCAAUGGUCGACGGGGUUUCAAAGGCGAGCUUGCAGUCCCGCGCCGGAAGCCCAGUGGUGGUUUUGUACGAAGAACAUGA